GACAUCAACAACUUUUUUUUUUUUUUUUUGCAGUCAGAAAGCCUCCACAUUGUUACCUAUUUAUCGGCAAGGUUCUUAUCGGACACAGACGCCAAAUAUCCGAUAUACACAUCGCCAUCAUGGCGGACGCAACUACCACCAGAACGCCUCCUAAGCCCGUCCACACGAUCGUGCUCGAUGCCGGCCCAAUCCUUAAGAAUACCCCGCCACUUUCGACCCUUCUCGCCCAAAGCGAAGAACUCCUCAUUACUCCCUCAGUUGUGAACGAGAUUCGGGAUCCUGCGGCUCGCCAGCGUGUUGAAACUCUAUAUCUGCCCUUUCUGAAGCAGCGCACCCCGACUCCCAAGAGUGUUGCUGUGAUUAGCGAGUUCGCCCGCAAGACUGGUGACCGGGCCGUGCUCAGUAGAACUGAUCUGGAGGUUAUCGCCCUCGCCUAUGAAAUCGAAUGUGAGCGUAACGGCGGCGAUUGGAGACUGCGCAGCGUACCGGGCCAGAAACAGGUGAACGGCAAGCCGCCUGCUUCGGUUGCGCAGGAGGACAAAUCUGAGCAAGAAGCCGGCAAGCCUGCCGACGAGAAGGCUGAGGAGAUCACAGAGAGCAAGAACACCGAGGCGGAAGCGGCGAGCACCGAAGUUGAUGCUAUCGCGGAGGGCCUGAAGGAUGCGAAGCUGGAGGAAUUGAACGUCGCAGAGAAGGAGCUUGAGACGGAGGUUGUCGUCGCAGAGAACGCGGAACUUCCAGCAGAAGAUGAGGAGGAAGGCUCUGACGAUGGCGACGAUGACGAUGGCUGGAUUACGCCCUCGAACUUGAAGAAGCGGCAGGCCCGCGACGAAGCCAGCUCUGUGUCUGCGGCCCCCGAGCCAAAGGUCAUGCAAGUCGCUACCAUGACCACUGAUUUCGCGUGUCAAAAUGUUCUACUCCAAAUGAACCUCAAUCUUCUCUCGACCACCACGCUGCAGCGCAUUCGACACCUGAAGUCCUUCAUCAAGCGCUGCCAUGCUUGUUUCUCUACUACCAAGGAUAUGAACAAGCAAUUCUGCCCGCGCUGUGGUAAGGAUACCCUCACUCGGGUGUCUUGCACGACCAAUUCAAACGGGCAGUUCACAAUGCACCUGAAGAAGAACAUGCAGUGGAACAACCGAGGAAACGUCUACAGCGUUCCUAAGCCAGUUCAUGGCAGCUCCAACGGAAAGUGGAAGGGCGGCGGUGGCAAGGGUGGUUGGGGUACGGAGCUCAUCUUCGCGGAGGAUCAGAAGGAGUACAGUCGCGCCACUGUGGAGCAGAAUCGCAGAAUGCGUAAAGAGCACGACCUCAUGGAUGAGGAUUAUCUCCCCAGUAUCCUCAGUGGCGAGCGUAAUAGACAUGGUCGCGUGCGUGUAGGAGCUGGCAGGAACGUGAACUCGAGAAAGCGGUAAUGAUGGUAACUGGAUUCGCUGCUUUCUUUCUUCUCCUCUUUGCAUCCAUUUGGAAUGGCGUCUGGCAUAAAAGUUUGAUGACCCUUCGGCUGUUUUCAAAGGGUCUUGACGACUACGGGAUUAUGAUGGUGAUUUGACUUUCGGUGGCUUGAGGUAGACAUGCUACAUGUACAUGCACUACGCAAUGGACAUAGAUGGAACAAAUGCCUUUCCAUUGGUAGAUGGUAAAUUAUGACCGAGAUAAAUCACCAAUAAAUGGGCAGCAAGAAUGAUAUUACUUUUCCCACAUGUGAAAUCAUCGGACACCGCACAAACUGGAAAGAUAAAAAGAAAUGGUUUGAUCAUCCAUUCAAAGACCAUUGAUAACCCCAUUCGCCAAUAAAUGAUUCAAA